AUGUCGUCCACACACACGAAAAAUCUGCGAGAAGUGAAUAAUUUGCUUCACAAUCUACGCGGUGAACAAUUCCGCCACCGUCAGAAUGUAGCUGGUUCUCGAGAACAUAUCUCGGCGCUACGAAAUUACAAUUCUCCCAGUCUUCCGGUUCGUUUGGCAGACCUAGAACACGGUCCUUCACCUGCAGUAGUUGCACCAGCCGCACUCCAAAAGAGACAGCACAGUCCUACGGAAACCCUGACGAAGGAACGGCUUGGAUGGCACCGUCAGGCUCUAAACCUAGUCGCCUCCCACCUUGGCGGUUUUCCUGACCCGCUUGAGGCCCCUUCAUUGUCGCUUCUGUGCCUGCAGACAGUGCUUUCCCAUUGUUCAAACAGCGCGGAAUUCAAGGACGGCGUUGUUCCUUUUAUUCCUCACCACCUUCGACGCGACCUCGUUCGAUACUGUGCCAUCCAAUCGCCUUUACCGACCUGGAAGUUGGACGCAAUCUUCGAGCCGCAUGGGCAUGCAGACGGCGAGAUACUCGUUGUAGGAUCGGAAGCUUCCCUUCGCGAAGACCAUUUCUCGCAGCACCAGCCUCAUUCUCCUGAAGAAGACAUCACUUGGGAACAAGAAAGCUCAUCAAGCUCACUACAUACCCUCGUCUUGCUUUCAACGUGCCUGUCCACUUCCACAAUCCUAACCCUCCCACCCACUAUAACAACCCUCGCUCUCAUCAACCUCCCAUCGUCUAUUCCUCUCCACAGACUACCCAAACUCUGCCCUCUGCUUGUCUUCCUCGACCUUUCAUAUAACUCCUGGCUCCAGCAUCCCGGUUCGAAUUCGCUGAACAGCUUGGAAAGGGUGGAAUGGCCCCGCUGGAACAAUCUACGAGUUCUCGGGCUUCGGGGGUGUUAUGUGUCGGAGGAGGUGCUGAGGAAGGUCAAUCAAGGACGUUGGGAUGAUGUCGAAAUUGUCCGGUAUAACCUUCCCUCAAUUAAAUGGUUUGCAGGCUUUGAGUGCUGUGAGGCUCGGGAGCAGCAAGUACUUAUCACAUAA